CGGGGCCCCGCCAAUGCUAGGCAACGGGGGGCGGGGAGGAGGGCUCCUGCGCCAGCAUCCGCAGCCGGGAGAGGACGCGGCGGCGGCGGGCGCCCCAGAGCUGCAGAGGAGCAGCAGCAGCAGCAGCAGCAGCCGAGCGGCGUCCGUCUCCCUUCCCGGCUGCAGAGGAGCAGCCGCGCUCAGCCCCCAACCCCGCCCGCCGGCCGGCUGCCUGCCUCUGUUUCUCCCCGCGGGAGAUGCCCGGCGAGGCGCCCCCGCUCCUCCGGUUUCCUUGGGACUCUCGGGCGCUUCUCUAGGCGGGCUGCUGCUGCUGCUGGUGGCGGCAUUAAGGCCGGCAGGGGGAGGAGGGCAGCAGCAGCCCCCCCUGGCAUGUGACCGCGGAGCCCCGCGCUGGUGGCCCUGGCCCAGCGGCCCCCGCCAGCCAGGACCGAGCGGCCUCCGAGCGGCUGUGCGGGAAGCGAAGCGUCUCGACUCGCGCGGCUCCGCCAGUAGCCCAUGAUCAUGGAGUCUCCCGGCAUGUCUUCGCGAGGGCUGCUGACCUGCCUCCUGCUGCCGCUGCUGCUUUGGAGAAAGUCAGGUGUUGGUGGCCAGGAGCUAAAAGUCCUGCAGAGUCCGGGGCCCUUGUCAGUCUCUGCGGGAGAGACCCUCACUCUGAACUGCACAUUGAUUGGAACUGCUGUAGCAGGAGGCGUGAAAUGGUUCAAGGGCUUGGACAGAAGCCAGGCACCCUUUUAUCAAUAUAAAGGACCACCUCCCCCUCGAGUGACCAUAGUUGCUGCUGGAUCUGACACAGACUUCACCAUCCGUAUCAGCAACAUCCGACCUGAGGAUGCCGGGACCUAUUACUGUGUGAAGUUCAAAAUCCAAGCAGGAGGAGAGACAGAAUUCAAAUCGGGAAAGGGCACUGAAGUCCUUGUUAUAGCCACGCCAUCCCAGCCCUCGAUCAGUCCCCCUCCUGGCAGAGUGGAGCGGGGGGCCUCAGCAACUUUCAGCUGCACCUCCGCUGGAUUCUCCCCUCCAGCCAUCACUGUCACCUGGUUGAAGGACGGGAGAGGACUCUCUGCCAGGCAGCCCAUCGUCCAGCCCCCGGGAGACAGCACCUCCUACGAGGUCACGAGCACUGUGGAUGUCCGGCUCACGGAAAUGGAUGUCAAGUCCCAGCUGACCUGCCAGAUCCAGCACAGCACCUUGAAGGCCCCCUUGCAGCAGACCUUUCUCCUUGGAGAUGUCCUAAGAGUUCCCCCCACGGUGCAAGUGGAAACAACCAGCCCCCCUCCUCCCAUCCAGCUGAAUGCAUUAGUGAUGAUCACUUGCAAAGCAGAAAGAUUUUACCCCAGUGAUGCAACCUUGGUCUGGUUGGAGAACGGCAAAGAGACUGGUCAAGGGAAGACCGACCCCGUGACCCAGGAUUCGAAUGGGUUGUUCUCCCUCAAGAGUUCCUUGGAGGUGAAUGCAACUGAGGAGAAGAACAUGACGGAGUUCACCUGCCGGGUCGAGCAUGAUUCCCAGCCUCCAGUUAAUGGAAGCCUUGAACUGAAAAUCGGGGUGCAGCCUCCAAAAGACGGCGAUCCAUUUGUGCCAGGUAAAGAGGAGAAGACGAUCAUCAUUGUAGUGGCGCUGGUUUGUGCGCUCCUGGUUGUGCUGGUGAUUGCUGUCAUCUACCUCAUCAAAGCAAGGCAGAGCAAAGGAAAAGACUCCACAUCUGUAAGGCUACAUGAGUCUGAGAAGAUUUCUGGAGGAACAAGUCAGGAGCCUGAUCCCAACAAUGUCACCUAUGCAGACUUAAACUUUGACAAAGAGCCCAAGAAGAGCCCCCGCCAGGUGGUGGAGGUGAGCCAGCAGUCCGAGUAUGCCAGCAUCCAGGCCGCCCAGCCGGCUGCCAACAACGACAAUGUCACCUAUGCAGACUUGGACAUGGUGCACCUGAGCAAAGGACCCAAAAGACCUGCCCCAAAGCCAGAGGAAGCCAGCUCAGAGUAUGCCAGUGUACAGGUACAGAACAAGUGAUCUCUGGCUACAGCCGUCGGCUCUCUGUGGCUGGCCAGCCCUUCUAGUGGGGAUGUCUGGUGUCUCCUUGCUGGGCUUGGGUUCUUGUCCUUGUCCUAAUGCUGGGUUUCAAUGGAGGCACACUGGAAUUUGCCUGACAAGGUGCAGUUCCUGCGUUUUCUUCAAGUGGAACUUCAUGCAUGUAGCCAAGGUCAAGGAGGAAGAUAAUCGGUGCUACACACAGUUGCGUCCUGGUCUUUUGGCUAGCUUAUGGUUCCUCUUCCUCCCACUACCAAGUGGAUGGGAGAGGUCUAGACCAACUAAAGAUCUAACACAGCUUUUAUCACUGAAACAAUAACUCUGUUCUUUUAACUCAUCAUCAACACACACAGAGGUGUGUGGUACUAUUUGAGGUUGUCCUUAAGCAGGUGGACUGUUAUCAUCAGCACUUCCUGCGGAAGGCCUUCUCUCUGCUUCUCUUUAAUAUGCCCAAGAUUCCUCUCAGUUGCCGCCUUGAGACACCUUCCCAGGAGCAAACCAACUUGGCUGCCCCAGUUAACUCUGUGGGGUGGAAAAAAGAGAUUGGACACUUUCACUAUCGAGGCUCCUGAUUGGACUUGGUGGUGUGUGGGAGAAGGAAAUGCCCAUUUUCCCGAGUGCUUCUGGGAGGAGGAAGCCUGCUUUCUUGACCACGGUGGAGUCUGUUUCACUUUGUAUUGCUAUAACCCACAGAUUUAUUUUCCCCCUGACAAUACGUCUCGGGACAGUGCCUCUUUGAGAUAAAGCAACCUGUACUAGGCCGGAAUUUCCCUUUUUCCAUCUCAACUAGCUGUGAAGCCUCUUCCUGGCAAAGCCAAAUGUGUAGAAAGCCUUUAGAUGUGUUGAUCUCCUUUUUUAACAAUAACAUUUUUUUUUAAUUUCAUCCCUAAGUGUCUCUACUGUUGUGGGGGAGGGAGGCCUUAGGUAUCCAUUACAGCCUGUAUGAGAGGCUUGGGCCUUAGAAAAUCAGAGACCUUGUUGAUCUAGCUGGUUCCCAUCCCUUCCUUUUCCCUCCUCAUUCCCCUCCCAAGUCUGAUUGGCUUAAUGGAGCAGUAGCUUGAGCAACAGAGCUACGUGAGGCCUGAGAAAUGCAAUUUCUCUCAAAAGAGCUUUGCAUGAAAGAGGUUCCUUAAAGCCGAAGACCGCUUGCAUGCCCAGAGAACAUCACCCUUCCACGGGCACAUGUUCUCCAGCCUAGCACAGACACUCCUCACUCACUCACUCCCUCUCUCUAUAUAUCAUAUAGCCAAGUGAAGAAGCUCCAGCCUUUGACUUGCCACACUAUGUAGAGAAUCCAUCAAUGGUUGCUUCUGUUGGGUUGUUCUUAUUUUCUGUUUUUAGCACUAUUCAUGAAUGUGAACUCGCCCAAGGAAAAACGAUGGCCAGGACUGGAGAAGACUGCACUGGUGGCCACGUGGAACAACCACCAAAGGUGGAAAUGGAAGAAGCAACGGUCUAGGCAGGGUGACAGAGUAGCCCUGCAGGCCUCUUGUCUGCAGGCCACUUAUUGGGAAAGGGGGCUCUACUUGCAGGGGGAACUUCUCUGGUCGAGACUGGAUGAAUCAGCGGCUGCUGUCUGCCCUGCCCGCUUACACACACUUUGAGGGGGGCUCUCCCCCCCCCCACCCCACCGCCAAGGCUGCCUUUCAAUGUCUCCUUCUUGGCCAAAUCCACGAGGCUUUCUUCUUCCUCCUCCUUGCUCAUAUUUCAUUUUUCAUUCUUGAAGUACAGAGCAAGAGGGAAGACCACUGAGAUAAAGAACCACACCUCUCUACCCACGAGGGUAGGGCUGCCCCAAGAGAUGCCGCUGUACCAGCUGUGUUGACUGUCCAGCAUUAUAACCGUUUACUCUUUUAGAACUCAAAAUACCAAUAUUUGUGUAUGUUCUUUGUAAUUGGGUGUAGUACUGUGUACUUAGCACUAGUGUGAAAAAGCACAAAAGCAAAGUAAGGAAGAAUCUUCUGGGGAAGAAACGAGUCCUAAACUGUCCUUUUCCCCAUGACCGGAAUGUCAUAACCAACCCUCAGUGGUUUUUGCUGCCAGUAACCAAAACUUCCAGUUCUUGUUUUUUAGUGGCUCUGUGUUCCUUGUGUUAUAAUGCAGCUUAGGAACUAACUGGCAUUUUGCAAGCAUACAAGGGAGCAGCAAAGCAGGAAUGGGUGGCAUUACAGAAGUGACGUCUUCUGAAUUUUCUACCAGAGAUGCUCCAGCUUUGGCCCACGUAACUUCAGGGUCCAGAAUGGAGAAGGUCAAUGGAGAAAGUCAAAUCCCAGCAGGUUUUAGCAGGUCGAAUCUUGAAGGAUUUUGCAUCACCCCCAGGGGUUCUCAAACUUGGGUUCCCAGUUGUUGAUGGACUACAACUCCCAUCAACCCCAGCCACAGUGGCUUUGUCCUUUGUGUCUAGGGUUGAUGGCAGCCAGGAAUAUCUGGGUACCCAAGUUUGAGAACCCCAGCUUUACACUCUAAUGACCUGAGGACAACUUGCCCUGGUAUCUUUCAUGGCUCAGAAAUGUGACAGCAUCUUGUGGUAUGUACUGCUCCCCCAUGCCCCAUCAGACCUAUGAGUAGCUGGCCCAAAGCAGUGUAGUCACAGGUCUAACAUCAUACCUUACUUUCCAAGAAGACUUAUCCAUGACAUGGGAGACACUGGAGUAAUUCGUCCUUGGGUCUCUGAAUUGUAGUAUGAGAGGGGAGGAAAAGCACUUGGGGGCACCUAUAGUGUUGCGUUCCCUUGUUUGUGUUUUUAAAAUUCUUCUGAGGGAGACACUUGUGGAUGAGAAAGGGGAGGCAAGAAUGUGGGGUGAUUGGAUAUGGUCCCAAGAGCUUUGCAAGAGGUAGAGUCCCAAUACUGGCAUCUCCCCCUUCCAAUAUUACAAAAUCCUGUCAGCCAUAUCCUGUCUACUUCCCCAAGCAUGCUUUUAUUUCAUUUUUUUAUUUAAACGAGUAACAUGAUUUAUAUAAAUAAAUAACGUUUAAAACAUGAUUGGGAAAGUACACAGUCAGGACAGUUCUCAAGGCCAAAGUAUUUCAAUAGAGAAGCUGUUUCUCCCCAGAAUGGCAGGCUGCAUCUCUGGUUUCCCACCGCUGCCCUUUAUAACAUCUUACACAACUUACCCUUGUCUUGGAAUCACAAUGUUCUACGUCCCCCCAUGCCCAAUCCUUUCUGCACUUCCUUUGCUGCUGGGAAAAUGUGGGACUUUGUAACCUUAGGUUGCUGGUAAGUUUUUACUAGAUGUUACAGGGUGGUAGAGGGAACUAGACACACAUGGCUGCCAUUUUGGGCAACAGCUGUGUGAUUAUCCUGACAUCGAGUUUGGCCCUAAGUCAAGGCAUGAAUUGAAUAGCAGCUGCUCAGUUCCUGUAUUUCCAAAUGCCCCAUCACCACCCUCUUUCUUCUCAGUGGGAUUCAGUGUUCCAUCUGACCGGGAUUCCCAGAUGUUGACUACAACUCCCAUAAUCCUCAAGCAAAAGGCAUUGCAGCUGGGGAUUCUGGGAGUUAUAGUCAACAACAUCUGGGAAACUCUGUUAGAGGUGGGGUUAGAUGGGAAUGCAUGGAAGUCUAACAGUACCAUUGUUUGAAAGAGAAUCCUAGAGCUUUCGCUGAUCACCAGAGCCAGUCCAAAGUUGGGUGCUGGAGACCACCCUAUAGCCUAGGCAGGAAAACAGGACCAGAAGCAAAACGAAGCAGUUGGGAUGUAUUUGUUGUGGAUCAAAAAAUAUUAGAUGACUGUUUGUACAAAUUGCACCUUAAGUUGGAUUUUGUUUUGUUUGGGGGUUUGUUUGUUUUUUUCGCUUGCAAGAUAUUUUUGUAAUAAAAUGCAUCACCUGUG